AAUAGUUGAGCCGGGUAGCAACUUCACCUUCCUUUAUGUCAAUGUAAGGUCGGUUAUGUUUUGGAACAAACUCUUUACAUUUUCGAGUUAAUUCCUGAAUUAAGAAGCGAUGUCACUCCGAAAUUUAUCUCGAGUGUUGCAGGGCAGUUGCAGACGGCCCUUAUGGAAGAGUGUAGAGCGCGGUUACUACCUAUACUCCCCGGAACCCAUCCAUCCAUUACCGGACAGGACCCCUGACUGGAAAACAGCUGAGGAAGCCGUGCAAGUGAUUCAGUCCGGUCAGCGUGUGUUCAUCCAUGGUGCUGCAGCCACCCCUGUACACCUCAUCCAGGCGAUGUGUGAUCAUGGCAAGAGAGCUGACAUUCGCGAUGUCGAAGUCAUGCAUAUACACACAGAGGGACCAGGCCUGUACAAUGAACCGGAAUAUGAUGAUAUGUUUCGUUCCAAUUCCUUAUUUGUUGGUGGAAAUUCUCGUCAAGCUAUCAGAGAGGGACGUGCUGAUGCCAUCCCUAUAUUUCUGAGCGAGAUUCCCCGGUUAUUCAGGCAACGCAUCAUAAACAUAGAUGUUGCCCUUGUGUCCGUUAGUCCCCCAGACAAACAUGGAUUCUGCUCCCUUGGAACCAGUGUUGACUGUACAAGAUCUGCCAUACAGAAUGCUAAGUAUAUCAUUGCCCAGGUCAACAAGAACCUGCCCCGCACGUUUGGUGAUGGAAUUAUCCACCAAUCUCACGUUGACGCCAUGGUCGAAUGCGAUGAUACACUACAUGAGAUGAAGAGAGUUGAGCUGUCAAAAGAGGAAGUGAUGAUUGGAAAGCUGGUCGCUGAAAACCUGGUAGAGGAUGGGGCCACACUCCAGAUGGGUAUUGGUUCCAUACCAGAUGCAGUUCUGGCCCAGCUGGGUAACCAUAGAGACUUAGGUGUACAUUCGGAGAUGUUCUCUGACGGAGUUGUGGACCUUUGUGAGAAAGGGGCAAUAACUAACAACAAUAAAACGAUCAUGACUGGGAAGAUUGUGAGCAGUUUUGCUGUUGGAACAAAGAAGCUGUACAAUUUCAUGCAUAAUAAUCCGUUUGUAGACAUGUGUGAUGUGGCCUUUACAAACAACACCGCCGUUAUUUGCCAGAAUCCUAAAGUGACGGCCAUCAAUUCAUGUAUAGAGGUGGACUUAACUGGACAAAUAUGUGCAGAUUCUAUUGGAACCAGGAUUUACUCAGGAUUUGGAGGCCAGAUAGACUUUAUCCGCGGUGCUGCCCUUGGUCUUGACGGCAAAGGAAAACCCAUAAUUGCAAUGCCAUCCACAACUAAGCGAGGAGAAACUAAAAUUGUAUCGACAUUGCAGCGUGGAUCUGGUGUGGUAACUACACGAGCCCACGUACAUUAUGUGGUCACAGAGCAUGGUAUAGCGUAUCUAUUUGGAAAGACCUUGAGAGAGCGCGCAUACGAUUUGAUCAGUAUAGCUCACCCAGACCAUCGGGAAAUGCUGGAAAAACAAGCUUUUGAGCGCCUUAAAUGUAUGCCGGCUCCAUUCAAAUAAAAUAUAGAUCUGAAAAGUCCAUAAUGGCAUUAUUUAUAGUUGAAGUAGAUUUUAUUUUUAUAGGAUUUGUUCUUAGCUUGUUUGUUUUUACAAAUACUGAACUGGAGGUAUUCUUAUAGCCUUGGUGUUGCAAAGUGUGUGCAAACCUUGAACAAACCAGUCACAACUUCUGUUAUAGCUCUAGGUUAAAAAUCUUUCAAGAGUUAACAUAACAUUUAUGUGUAUCAUAAUAUGAAAUGUCAUAUUAAUAAAUGAACUCGGCCAUGCCACUGGAUUCACAUAUCCACUAUGACCCUAUACAAAGAAGUAACAAAUUCCAUAACUCUGGUCUUGCUUUGCCUCUUGGUAGAUUAUGAAAAACAGAGAAGUGUUUGCCUCCCAGCUUGUGGUGUUCUUGUCAUAGUUGUAGAGAAAGUUUGGUGUGAACCCAUUCCAUUAAUUUUGCUCUGAAACUUGAAACCAGAAGAUUUGGGAGGUAGAACAUUGUUGUAUUAGUUAUUAUGUAGUUGUUACACUUAUGUUAUAAUUCUUAUUUAGAUUUGACCACAACGAGGGGAAAGCGAUAUAAGCCAAAAAAAUGUUUUCAAUUCCACUGCCGAUAAAGAUAGGGUGGGUUUGAUCAGGUUUUAUUACUCAGGGUCAGCUGUGUCUAAAUAGUAUUUCUACCUUUAAAACUGUUUAUUGACACUUUAUUAUGGUAAACUUACAUUUUUAUUGACUGAAAUUCUAUUUGCAGUCAUAACAAACUAUUAUAUUUUCUAAUUAUGUCUCCCCCUCUCUGGGGGAGACAUAUUGUUUUUGCCCUGUCCGUCAGUCCGGUAGUCCGUCAGUCCGUCCGUACGUCACACUUCGUUCCGAUCGAUAACUGGAAAACCGCAUGACCUAGGAUCACCAAACUUGGUAGGGAGGUUGGUCAUGAGGUGUAGAAGAUCCCUAUUGUUUUUGGGGUCACUAGGUCAAAGGUCAAGGUCGCGGCGACCCCCAAUGUAAAAAACAUUUCCGCUCAAUAUCUUGACAAUGGUUUGACCUAGGUUCACCAAACUUGGUAGGGAGGUUGGUCAUGAGGUGUAGAAGAUCCCUAUUGUUUUUGGGGUCACUAGGUCAAAGGUCAAGGUCGCGGCGACCCCCAAUGUAAAAAACAUUUCCGCUCAAUAUCUUGAGAAUGGUUUGACCUAGGUUCACCAAACUUGGUAGGGAGGUUGGUCGUGAGGUGUAGAGGAUCCCUAUUGUUUUUGGGGUCACUAGGUCAAAGGUCAAGGUCGCGGCGACCCCCAAUGUAAAAAACAUUUCCGCUCAAUAUCUUGAGAAUGGUUUGACCUAGGUUCACCAAACUUGGUAGGGAGGUUGGUCGUGAGGUGUAGAGGAUCCCUAUUGUUUUUGGGGUCACUAGGUCAAAGGUCAAGGUCGCGGCGACCCCCAAUGUAAAAAACAUUUCCGCUCAAUAUCUUGAGAAUGGUUUGACCUAGGUUCACCAAACUUGGUAGGGAGGUUGGUCGUGAGGUGUAGAGGAUCCCUAUUGUUUUUGGGGUCACUAGGUCAAAGGUCAAGGUCGCGGCGACCCCCAAUAUAAAAAACAUUUCUGCUCAAAAUCUUGAGAACGGUUUGACCUAGGUUCACCAAACUUGGUAGGGAGGUUGGUCAUGAGGUGUAGAAGAUCCCUAUUGUUUUUGGGGUCACUAGGUCAAAGGUCAAGGUCGCGGCGACCCCCAAUGUAAAAAACAUUUCCGCUCAAUAUCUUGAGAAUGGUUUGACCUAGGUUCACCAAACUUGGUAGGGAGGUUGAUCAUGAGGUUUAGAAAACUCCUAUAUUUUGGGGGGUCACAAGGUCAAAGGUCAACGUCGCUGUGACCUCUAAUGUAAAAAAAUAUUUCCGUGCAAUAUCAGGAGAAUGCUUUGAUCUAGGUUCACCAAACUUUGAAGUGAGGUUGGUCAUGAUGUCUAGUUGAUUUUGCAAUCAGUUGGUCAAAGGUCAAGGUCACUGACCUUGAGGUGAAGAACCGGUUUCUGCUCAAUAACUCAAGAACGUUUACACCCAGGAACUUCAUACUUGGUAUGCCAGUUAGUCAUGACUAGUUGAUGGCCCCUAUUGAUUUUGGGAUCCAUCAUUGAUUAUUUCUCACCUACGACCACACAAUGGGGGAGACAUGCGCUUUUUCAAAAAAGCAAUCUCUAGUUACCGGUACAUCUUUCAUACUAUAAGACCAUGUUGUCAAGAACAAUGUUCAAUAACUAGCAUGAAUAGCGUUGUAAUUUAUCAGCACAAAAGUUAUAGCACAGUUAUGCUCCGCCUAUUUGUUACCGUUCCAAUAUUGGAGUUAAUGCAUAGACGAAAACAGAGAAAACACUCCAUGGUACAAAUGUUGCUAUAGUUAAAAGGGCAUAUCUUUUUAGAGUUGUUAUAAUCAUAUCCUACAUGAUAGCCUUCUUUAUGCUGUGUAUGGUCGGUAUUUAUAAUCAUGAGAAACUCGGAUGUAAAAAUCUAUACAGACAGCAAUGACUACAAAAAUGGAUGGCAGUGUUAUAUAACACUCUAAUGAAACAUGUGUUUUAUAGGUGAUUUUUGAAUAACAUCAUGAUAUAAGGUACUUAUCCUUUCAGUUAAAGGUGUGGUUAAUGUAAAACAGGCUGUUUAUGUUAUUUUUACUUUUUUAAUGUACAUUUAGUGAUAUUUUAGACUGCAUAUUAACCAUGCAAUAUCUAUUAGGCGAUGUAUAUAGAUCAAUGUUAAAUGACAUUGAUACAUAUGUAAUGUACAUGUUUAGUUUUAUUUUGUUAUUAUUCUUUUAUCAAAUAUGGUUUUUGGUGCAUUGUUGGAUGUAGAGAAAUUCUAGUAUAAUUUGCCUUGUUUUGAAAUGGUUGCCAUGUUGUACGUGUACAGUUACUUGUUUAAACUUAUUUAAUUUUACAACGAUUGUGAAACAAGCUGUUGCAACUUAUAAUAUUACCGUAAUCACUCUCAUUGGCAUGAUUUUGCUCGGGAGUGUGGUCUAGUGUUGUGGGGGAAACCGGAGUACCCGGAGGAAACCCACUUGUUUGACUUGGUGACCACAAACCAAAUGUGCCUAGGCUGGGAAUUGAACACAGGUUGCCUUGGUGAGAAGCGAGUGCACUAACCACUGUGCUAACUGGACAACCAGCCUUUUACAGUAACUUGAUUGUUAAUGUGCACAUAUCUGCAUCUGCAACCAAUUUGUUUUAUUUAAUCGUGUGAUGUUUCACCUGCAUAGACCAUGCUCAAGGUGAUUUUAACACAACUGUGAGAUUAUUCUUUCAUAAUAUCAUUUAUUAGUUGUUAGGUUACAUUAUUAUUUAAUAUUGUUAAAGUUUUUUGUGUUGCCUUCAAAGUAUGUCAGACAUGAAUUACUUUGUCUGGCGUUGCCUGCAUACUUUUGUUUCCAUACUUUUGAAUAAUGUUUGGUAUAGAGCCUUCAAAAUUGGUAUAUACACUGAUAAGGCCCAAAGAUGAUCCCUUUGGUUAUGGGUAAAUUCCUCCCAAGGACAAGGUCAUUGUAAGAAUCACUAGAAAAAAACAUGUGUGCUUUCGUUUACGAUCAAUUACUUUUGAGUUAUUUGGUGUAACGUCUUCAAACUUGGUAUACACACUGGUCAUGCCCAUAGAUGAUCCAUUGGGCUUUUGGUAAAUAGGUCCAAGGUCAAGGUCAAAGUGAUAUUCAUUAGAAAAAAAUGGCAUUUUUCAUUUUAUAACUUUGAAUGACUUUGUGUCGAGUCUUUACUUUGUUGAUAGUACACAUUUUAGCCACUUAGUACUUAUGAUUACAAUAAUAGUCUUGUCUGCAUAAUACAGGCAUAGUUAUGAUAGUAGAUGUUGCUGGAUUGUUUUGGUAUGAGCAUACUUAAUCAUUCACUUCGUUGGUAUUUUAGAGCAUUUUUUUAUUGCAGUUUGAUCUAAUAUGUUAUUCUAUUUAAAGUUCUGUACCAUAUUGGAAACAUAAGUGAUUUACAUGAUCUUUGCAUCUAGAUUAUCUUGUUGAGUUUUGGCUUUUAGUUGACUGCUUGUUCUCUCUUACACAAAUGUAGUACAAUGCAUAUACGGGUUGUUUAGUGGUAACUGAUCAUUUGCUAUAUAAUUUAAAAAAAAGAUGCAACUGAUUAAAAUGAUUUUUUUUGUAAGUUGCAUUUGUGUGUGUGAACAUUUUGUAAUAGUUUUGAUAUCUAGUUGUUAGUAUUUUUAUGAAUGCUGUUAUGUUUGGGUUAGAAAUUAGUUAAUAUUUGCCCUUAUCCUGAUAUUAAUCGUUUCAUCCAAUCAUCAAGUACAUGUACUAGCUAUCAAAGUUAUUGUGUCAGUUUUCUAUUCCCUUUUUAAUAAUUUCUAUAAAAUAAACAAUAAACUAUAAAAAAAAGUCCGUAAAAAUCCCUUUAAAUAUUAUGCAUUUAUUUAAACUUUACUAACUGGUAAACACUGCUUUUCAGAAUCGUCUACCUCAAAUGGUUUAUUAUUAGCUCGACUAUUCGAAGAAUAGGUGGGCUAUACUACUCGCCCUAGCGUCGGCGUCGAGAUCCAGUUAAAGUUUAAGGGCAAGUUUGGAUUUUCACUUAUAAGUCCAAUACCCUACAUUCAACUGACUUAAUACUUCAUGCAGUUGUUCAGGGCCAUCACAUGAUGAGGUUAGAUAACUCCAUAUUAUUCUUUACACAGAUUAUGGCCCCUGAUUGACUAUGGAACUUAGGUUAAAGUUUUAGGGCAAGUUCGAAUAUUUAUUAAUAACUUCUAUAUCCUUUGUUCAAUUGACUUAAUACUUCACACAGUUGUUCAGAACCAUCACACAAUGAGGUUACAUAACUCCAUAUUAUCCAAAAUACAAGUUUUGGCCCCUGAUUGACUUAGGUUAAAGUUCUAGGGCAGGUUAAAGUUUUAGGGCAAGUUGGGAUUUUCACUUAAAACUCCAAUACCAUUCAUUCAAUUGACUUAAUACUUCACACAGAUGUUCAGAGCCAUCACAUAAUGAGGUUAGAUAACUCCAUAUUAUCUUUUAUACAAAUUAUGGCCCCUGAUUGACCAUGGAACUUAGGUUAAAGUUUUAGGGCAGGUUGGGAUAUUGUUUAAUAACUCCUAUACCCUUCAUUCAAUUGACUUAAUACUUCACACAAUUGUUCAGGACCAUCACCCAAUGAGGUUACAUAACUCCAUAUCCUUAAUACAAGUUAUGGCCCCUGAUUGACUUAGGUUAAAGUUUAAGGCAAGUAAAAGUUAAGGGCAAGUUGGGAUUUUAAUAAAAAAGACUUCCAUACCGUUCAUUAAAUGCACUUAAUAAAAUUUAAAAUUAUUUACGACCAUCUUACAACAAGAAACAUUACUCCGUUUUAAGCCCAAAUACAAAUUAUGGCCUUUGAAUUUUUUAUUUUUUAUUUCCUGUGAAAGGCAUAUUUGUAUAUUCUUAACCACAUUAUUCAUAAUGGGAAAUCAAGUUAUUUGAGUUGCGUCAUUGUUUGGACCGGCUGGUGGGAGUGUAGCAUCAAAGUCACCUUAUGUAUCGAAUAAUUUUAGUUAGGUUUGACAUAAAGAGACCAAACUUGGUAUUAUUACAUCGUAAUUGUAUUCUAAGUCAAAGCGGCGUAGUCGAGCGCGCUGUCUUACGACGGCUCUUGUAUCAACUCUGGUAGAACACAUUUUGUUAAAAUUUCAAAUCAUGAUAUACAGAAGAGAGAUAAGAAAAGAACAAUUUGAUGAAUUUCCAAUUUGGUGAAACUUGAAGAAUUUUAGCCGUAUUUUUCAUUGAAAAGUUCCUGGUUAUAGAGAGGAAAAAAACUGUUGGUUGAGUGGCGGGCAAUUUACAAUUUUGUGUGAAAUUUCAUUUUUCGAUGUCAUAUAUACAACAGUUUUUAUUUGUUCUUAAUUGAUCAGAAUAUUUGUCAACAUGGUAUUUAACAGCAGUGGGAAUGUGGGUCCUCUUGGAUAAAAACUAGUUAAAAUAGUUCACCAAUGGUCAAAAACAAGGUCAAACCAGAGAGAAUAUGGGUCACCAUCGGUCAAACUCAAGGUCAGACAAGUGUGAAUAUGGGUCACCUAGGUAAACAAACAAGGUCAAACCAUUGUGAAUAUGGGUCUCCACGGUCAGACACAAAGUUGGACCAGUGCGAAUACAGGUCUCUUCAGUCGAAAACAAGGUCGGACCGGUGUGAAUAUGGGUCAUCAUUGGUCAAAAACAAGGUCGGACCAGAGAGAAUGUGGGUCACCUUCGGUCAAACACAAGGUUGGACCAGGGUGAAUAUGGGUCACCUAGGUAAACAAACAAGGUCGGACCGGUGUGAAUAUGGGUCACCAUCGGUCAAAAACAAGGUUGGACCAGAGAGAAUAUGGGUCACCUUUGGUCAAUCACAAGGUUGGACCCGUGUGAAUAUGGGUCACCUCAGUCAAACACAAGGUCAGACCUGUAAGAAUAUGGGUCACCUUGGUCAAAAACAAGGUCGGACCUGUGUGAAUAUGGCUAACCUCAGUCAAACACAAGGUCGGACCUGUAAGAAUAUGGGUCACCAUGGUCAAAAACAAGGUCGGAUCUGUGUGAAUAUGGCUAACCUCAGUCAAACACAAGGUAGGACCUGUGUGAAUAUGGGUCACCUUGGUCAAAAACAAGGUCAGACCAGUGAGAAUAUGGGUCAGUAGCAUUUACUUUUUCCUCUAAAAAUAUACAUCCUGCAAAAUCACACAUAUCAAAAUUAAAAAUCGGGCAUUAAAACCUUGUCAUAUGCAAGUAAUAACCUUGUUUUAUUAAAUGCUUGUCAUUUUUUUAUAUCAUUUUGUACUUACUUGCAUAAUCAUGUUUUUAUGUAUGAUAUAAUAAAAAUAGAGUUUGGUUAGAAUAGUUGAAAUCGUAACUAUUUCCAUAAAUUGAUAUGCCAUUUGGCUGUGUUUGUACACUCGUCUGUUGACCUAACUACCAUCUCAACAAUAUAUUUCUAAGGUAAUCAACUUUGUUAACCAUCAAGAGUGAAGAUUGUUGAUGAUAACCUUGCUGAUUUUUUUCAGUAUUUGUCAUUGGCAACAUCCAAAAAGUCGAGAGUUAUUUCAGUCAUGUAAACAUGUGUGUAUUCUCUGAUAUCCAUUCGGAACUCCUCGGCCAUUUUCCAUGGAAAACAACCACACUCCUGCUGUAUGUGGAUGGUUUAUGAUGUCAGAAAUUUCUAAUUACACUGCUAGUAGAUCGUGUAGUAAUUUCAAUUUAGCAGUUAAACCUCCAGGUAAUAUUAGUUAAUUAUGCAAUAAAACACAUCACUGGCAAUCAAUUUAAACUUAGAUAUACAAAAUGCACAUUUAAAAAACAUAACUAUUAAUUUAUACUACGGGGUAUUUUAUAAAAAAAAUUACCAACUACUUCUACUUAUGUUCGGCAUACAUCUGAGGUUGUUUUCGAUGGAGAAUGGCCGAGAAGAUCCAAAUGGUCGUAUAUCAUAAUUAUCAAUUAAGUAUGUUAUCAAUAUCUACACAUAAUCUAUCAUCUAUUUUGUUAUUCUAAACCUUCUCAUUAGAGUAAUAUGUAUUCUACAGUUUAUAAACAAGUUCUAAGUGAACAUCAUUGAUAAAACAUCAGCCACUUAAUGUCCAUGUUUGUUUAAUAUAUUGCCAUUAAUUGUCCUUUCCUUUUAGUUGUCAUUGUGGACAAUAAAGAUGAUAUUAUCAACUAAAUAAUGUCUAUAGGAAUACUUUUGUAGUUUCAUCUUCUCUUUUCUGCAUUGCUUUUUUAUUGUAGUUGCCUCAGGAACACAUUCAAUUGUAAAAGUAUUAUACAUACAAGUAUAUGAAAGUUAUUAUAUAUGACAUGGUUAUAUUUGUACACAAAGAUAAAACAUACAUAGGAGCCUGUAGGAGUUGCUUUCGUCGCUUCAAGUCACAUUGCACACUUGUGUAGCUCCAAAGAUAUUACCCCCACACACAUGAAACAUAGGUAUAUCUGUCAGCAUUAUGCACCUGCAAUUUCUGUCACAUUUCACUCAGAUUAACAAGAGUUAUGGCCCUUGACUUUGUGAAAAAUGGUCCGUAAAGUAUUCAAGUAGAACCAAAAGUGUUGCACAUACACUUGUGAAACUCUACAGGUAUGUUGCUCAGUAUGAGCUGUUGUAUACCUGCCAUUUAUGUCACUUUUCACUUGGUUUAACAAGAGUUAUGGCCCUUGACUUUGUAAAAAGUUGUCUUUGAAGUAUUCUGUUGCAAGUAGCGCCAAAAGUGUUAUACAUUCACUCACGAAACUUCAUAGGUAUGUUGGUCAGCAUGGGCUGUUGUGUACCUGCCAUUUAUGUCACUUUUCACUCGGUUAAACAAGAGUUAUGGCCCUUGACCUUGUGAAAAAAAUGUCUUUGAAGUAUUCUGUUGCAAGUAGCACCAAACGUGUUACAUAUGCACUCAUGAAACAACAGGUAUGUUGGUCAGCACGGGAAGUUUUGCACCUACAAUUUCUGUCGCAUUAUACUUGACAAGAGUUAUGGCCCUUGACUUUGUAAAAAGUUGUCUUUGAAGUAUUCUGUUGCAAGUAGCACCAAAAGUGUUAUACAUACACUCAUGAAACUUAAUAGGUAUGUUGGUCAGCAUUUCACUCGUGCUAACAUGAGUUAUGAUCCUUAACAUAUAAACUCAUGAGUCUACUGAAAUUUAAUGGGAUUGUUUGUCAAUAUAGGCCUUUGAACACUUGUCAAUUUCCAACAUUUCACUCCUAUGUUCUUCAACUUGACAUUGAACCAAAGUUGUUUGGAGGGAGAGGUUGAGGGUGUCCAUCACGACUGUUUCUACUAGUGUAAAUUCAAGUGCAUGGCAUCAUAUUCUGCUUAUAAAUGUAACUCUGACAAAACUAUGUUAUUACUGUAUCAUUAUUCAUUUUAUAGGUUUUUACAGAUCAGUAUGCAUGCCUUUGUUAUAAUGUAAUUGUGUAUUUGUUUAUGGCACAUCCUUACAUGUAUUAAAAUCUUAUACCCAAGAAA